UCUGCCCUCUGCCGCUCUCCCUUCCCCUCCCACCUCCUCUCUCCUCCUCCCUGCUUUAAUUUUCUCCAGACUGAGGCUCCAGUUCUGGCCUUUGGGGUUCAAAGUCCCUGGAACCAGGCUGUGAUUUCCACCCCCACACCUCAAUCCUCAACCCCUCAACCCGAAGCCCAGGCUACACCUGGGACCUCCUGGACGGACUGUGCCUCCCGGGAUGCCACAGCUGCCACCACUGCUGCCGCCGUGGCUGCUGCUGCCGCCGCCUUGAGCCCCAAUGGGGGAGUGAGAGGCCACUGCUGGCCGGACAUGGGCCUCCCCACAGUGCCUGACCUGCUGCUGCCACUGGUGCUCCUGGCUCUGUUGGUGGGAAUAUACCCCUCAGGAGUUAUUGGUCUGGUCCCUCACCUCAGGGACUGGGAGAAGAGAGAUAGCCAGUGUCCUCAAGGAAAAUAUAACCACCCUGGAAAUAGUUCCAUUUGCUGUACCAAGUGCCACAAAGGAACCUACUUGUACAGUGACUGUCCAGGUCAGGGGCUGGACACGGACUGCAGGGAGUGUGAAAAUGGCACCUUUACUGCUUCAGAGAACCACCUCAGAAACUGCCUCACCUGCUCUAAAUGCCGAACAGAACUGCACCAGUUAGAACUUUCUCCCUGCACAGUGGACCGGGACAUUGUGUGUGGCUGCAGGAAGAACCAGUACCGGCGUUAUUUUAAUAACAACAGCCUUUUCGAGUGCAAGAACUGCAGUCUCUGCCUCAACGGCACCGUGCAUCUCCCCUGCCAGGAGAGACAGAACACCGUGUGCACCUGCCAUGCAGGGUUCUUUCUAAGAGAAAAUGAGUGUGUCUCCUGUAGUAACUGUAAGAAAAACUCGGAGUGCACAAAGCUGUGUGUACCCACAACUGAAAAUGUUAGGAGCCCUCAGGACCCAGGCACGUCAGUGCUGUUGCCCCUGGUGAUCGUCCUUGGUCUUUGCCUUUUAUCCCUCCUCUUCAUCGGUUUAAUGUGCCGCUACCAACGGUGGAAGCCCAAGCUCUACUCCAUCGUUUGUGGGAAAUCGACACCUGAAAAAGAGGGGGAGCUCGACCGAGUGACUACGAAGCCCCCAGCUCCAGCCCCAGGCUUCAGUCCCAUCCCCAGUGUGGAACCCUCAUACGUCACCCCCAGAGACCGGUCCAAUUUCACGGUUCUGUCACCCCGCAGAGAAGCGGCCCCGCUCUCCCAGGCGGUCGAGCCCACCCUCACCGCGACCCUCACGUCCAACGCCAUCCCCAGCCCCCUUCAGAAGUGGGAGGACAGCGCCCACACGCAGCGCCCAGACACCGACCCCGCGAUGCUCUACGCCGUGGUGGACGGCGUGCCCCCGUCGCGCUGGAAGGAGUUCGUGCGGCGCCUGGGGCUGAGCGAGCACGAGAUCGAGCGGCUGGAGCUGCAGAACGGGCGCUGCCUGCGCGAGGCGCACUACAGCAUGCUGGCGGCCUGGAGGCAGCGCCUGCCGCGGCGCGAGGCCACGCUCGAGCUGCUGGGCCGCGUGCUCUGCGACAUGGACCUGCGGGGCUGCCUGGAGGACAUCCAGGACGUGCUGCGCGGCCCCGCCUCCCGCUCGCCCGCGCCCCGCCUCCCCCGGUGAGGCCACGCCCCCCGCCGGGAGGGGCCCGCCCUGGCGCCCAGGAGGACUUUCUGGCAAGACGCCCCUUGGACCCCCUUUUCUGCAGAGGACGGGCCGCGGAGGGGCAGGCAUGAGCUGGCACCCGCCCCUUGGUGCGACCCUCUCCGUGUACAUAGCUUCUCUCAGCGGCUUGCGCACCGCCGAGGGUCAGGCGUGUGCGCGCGGAGGUGUGGCAUGCGCGUGCGCGUGAGGCUGCGCGUGCCAGGGGCCCCCGCGGGCGGCUGCGGGGUGAGGGGCACGGUGCCCAGCCCCGUCUUGAGUGUGGAGGGCUCAGUGAGGCUGCUCGGGGGCCCCGGUUGGUCUCUGAGCCUUUUUCACAGUCCAUAAGCAGUCUUUGUAUCAAUUAUGUCACACUAAUAGAAACUUGGCACCCUUCUGCCCCUGGCAGGGGCAAGCACAGGACAAUGGGGCCUCCAGCUGGAGCUGCGGACUUUUGUAAAAAUGCACUAAAAUUCUGAGAUUACA